AUGUCGUUGGACCGGGUUCCAGACGAAAUCAUCCAGCACCUGCUGUACUAUGUCCCCCCCGAGGACAAUCUGCAGCACUUUCAGCUUCUCUGCCGUCGCCUUCGUCGACUGGCCAAUCAAGGUCUCUUGUGGCGACAUCACUGCUGCCACCGUUUCAAGUACUGGAGCUCAGAACAUGGUUUUCGCGACAAGUUGCGCCAGGCGGCGGCGACUGUGGAAUGGAAGCAGCUUUUUCUGCUCAGGGCCCGCAGGAAUCGCCUCGUAUCCCAACUGUUUGACGGUGUCCUGAAGUCCAAGCUUGGCCGUCUGAAGCGGAUGGAAGAUAUCUGUCGUUUGGGUUACGAUGCAAAGGACUUCCUGUUAAAGCAGUGUCAGAUCCACGAGUCAGCGCCAGACGUCUUAGCGAGGAGAUACUACGGCAACGCUGUUCUCGACAGUAUUCACCGGAGCAUAGCCGUUGAAGAAUGGUACAGGCUUCGUCUGGACCACGAUUCGCUUGAUGCGCAAGCUGCUUCUCGGCGGUUGGAAAGAGCACUUGGUGCCUUUGACAUGUUUGUGCUACACGACCAGCCAGGUGACCUGGAUGACAUUUCUCAAAUCUUGGAUCAGACAGUUGCACGGUUCAAAGCCAGCCGCGCUGACUUGUCUGAACUGACAACUCGCGAAAAGGCGUUGGCCUUGAAUCGCUGGGUUCGUACAAACAACCUUACGGGUCUACGUAACCCAGACAGGAAUGACAGAAACUUGCGAAACUGCUUGAUCGGCCAAGCCCUGCGUCACCGUGAUCACGAUUCAAUUCCACUCAUAUCCGCCGCCAUCUACUGUUGUCUUGCCUCUAGGUUGGGUGUGAAUGCCCAAUGCUGCGCAUUUCUCAGCCAUUCCCACGCCAUCGUAUUUGCUCGGCCAGGGGAGACGUUGGACGGCCAUCCUGUCGGCAAUGGCGAUGAGCAACCGGAGCGGAUGUAUCUUGAUCCUUAUGGGGUUGAUGACGAGGUUCCUGUAUCCGGUCUGCAGAACCGGCUGGCUCAACUUGGAUGGCUUGCAGGUGCUGAUGCAUUCCUAGCACCUGUUCCUACCUUGUCGUUGGUCUUGCGGACCGCUCGAAGCAUAGAAGCGACCUUUGCAAGGAUCCUGGAGUUACAGGACCGCGCGCAUACUGAACUGAGCCAGCUCCUACGAGGCAACAGCGCCAUGAACGUCGAAGCAUCUCUAUAUUCAGCUCUGUGGUCAUUCCUCAUGCUGACCCCACCUGAAACGUUUGAAUGGGAUGAUCGUUUGGAAGGCUUCCUUGGCCGGUUUGCGGGAGCGUGGCCAGAAGACGCUUGGCUAGUGGAGAAGUACCUUCGGCCAAUGUACGAUAGUUUAACGCCUUUACGAAAUGGUUUCGCCCGCCGCGUGAAUCGUGGUCUCGGUGACCCGUGGGAACUCUGUAGUUUUGUCCGUAAGCAAGAUGACGUUGCACCCCCUGUUUUCAGGAGGAACUCGGCCGGUAACCAAUCGGUUCCGUUUAAGAUUGGGCAAGUCUUUCGACAUCGGAGAUACGGCUGGAUUGGGGUCAUCACAGGAUGGUCCGACCAAGGCGCUCGAAGGCUUCUAGUGACCAAUUCCAGAGACCUGAAUGGCCAGUUUGGCACGUCUGACCCUGCGGCACAGCCAGGCUUGCCAGUACGCCUUCCAAACCAAUUCUAUUUCAUGUGUUUUCCAAGCACUGGCUCGGAACCGCAUGUUGUUGCCCCUGACAACAUUGAGCUCAUUCACGACCCCACGGACAUUGCCAGUGAUAUGUUUCCCAUGGCGGGGAAAUUUUUCAAGCGCUUCGAUCCAGAGACGUGCACUUUUGUAUCGAACAUCAAGGAACAGUAUCCAGAUGAUUAA